AGCCCUGCGUCGUGUAUAAGGUCAAGGAAAAGAAGCAUGGCCGCUGUGUUGAGAAGCUCUCGGUAUUUGGUCGGAGGCUGCUCCAAACAUGUUACAUUUGCAUUUGCAUCUACCAGGUCCAUGGCCUCCAAGACACAAGUGGGCUUUGUUGGUCUGGGAAACAUGGGAAAUCCCAUGGCAAAGAAUCUGCUGAAACAUGGAUACCCAGUUAUUGCUACAGAUGUAUUUCCAGAGUCUUGCAAAGAAGUGCAAGAGCUGGGUGCACAGAUUGUGGAUAAUCCUGCUGAAGUAGCAGACAAGGCUGACCGUAUUAUCACAAUGCUUCCCUCUAGUCCAAAUGUCAUAGAUGUGUACACUGGACCCAAUGGGAUUCUUAAAAAAGUGAAGAAGGGCUCCUUGCUCAUAGACUCCAGCACCAUUGACCCAUCAGUUUCAAAAGAGAUGGCAGCAGCAGCAGAAAAGAUGGGGGCUGUCUUCAUGGAUGCACCAGUGUCUGGAGGUGUGGGAGCUGCCAGUUCGGGGAAGUUGACUUUUAUGGUAGGAGGAGCUGAAGAAGAAUUUACUGCUGCCAAGGAGUUGCUCAGCUGCAUGGGAGCUAACGUGGUAUACUGUGGUCAGGUUGGGACUGGACAGGCAGCAAAAAUAUGUAACAAUAUGCUUUUGGCCAUUGGAAUGAUUGGUACAUCAGAAACUAUGAAUCUUGGAAUCAGACUUGGUCUCGAUCCCAAACUUUUGGCUAAGAUCCUCAACAUGAGUUCAGGCCGUUGCUGGUCGAGUGACACGUACAACCCUGUGCCUGGAGUUAUGGAGGGCGUCCCAUCUGGAAACAACUAUCAGGGCGGCUUUGGCACCCAGCUCAUGGCUAAGGAUCUGGGACUGGCUCAGAACACAGCCACAAACACAAGGACUCCGGUGCCUCUGGGCUCUCUGGCUCAUCAGAUCUACCGUAUGAUGUGUGCACGUGGCUAUGCCAGUAAAGACUUUUCCUCAGUGUUUCAGUUCCUGCGUGAGGAAGAGGGCCAGUAAGGGGACUCUGCGCCGUCCAAAGCCUAACCAGGCCCAGGGCACAUGUAGCCGGGCUCAAGGACUCAAAGUCAUGUUUUUGGUGAAAUGACCUUUAAAAUUCAACACUCCUUUGUCGACAGUGCAGGACAAAUAUUGGGUAUUUGGAGCAUUUUAGGAAGAACCAGAAGACAAAAAAAAAUGCAAAUAAGUGUGCUGAGUAUCUUUCUUGCAAUUAACUGGGUUCUGUCUGUGUCAUUGUGAUGUCCAUAUAUUUAUCAGGUUAUUUUGAUUCUUCCUCUUUUGACUCACUCCAAUGUCUCUAGGAAUGUUACUUUGAAAUGAAAAGUGUUUAUUCUUCUUCAUAGAAAAUGAAUAAAUAAAUCUUUUGCAAACUUAAUUAUCCAAUACACAUUCAUUUAAUGUUUAAUUAUAUAUAUCAUGUUCAGGCUUGCAGUUUCAUUUUAAUUUGUAAAUUAAGAUUUAAUCCCAGAAAAAAAAAAAAACUGUCGGCUGUGUUUUCUUUUAUUUUGUCCUGUUUAGUCUCUGCCUUAGACUUGGAAGAAGCAGCAUGUUUCUGAUCAAGUUCACCAAGAGCCACUGAGGGGCCAAGGUGCCACGGGUCAUGCGAUCACAAGACAAAGCCAUAAAAAGUCCAUUAAGCACUGUAGGCUAAGAGUCUGUUGUCAUCUGCCUGAUGGCUUCUGCAAACAGUGCUGCGCUUUGGUGUCCGGCCUCCGGCGAGCUGCCGUGAGACGCACAGACAGUCGACAGGCCGUCCCAACAAGUUGUACAGCUUUUCGCUUUUGGUAAAAUGUAACAAUUUAAGAAAGCGCUCUGUAAUGUUCAUCUUUAAUCAUAUGGACACACUAGAGGUUAAAAAAUGGCUUUGCGCCUUUGGGUUUGGUUUGCACAUUUAGCCAUGUAGACUACGCAAUUACGCAUAGCCUCUAUGCAUUUAUGUGACCAAUAAAAUAAAGGCAAAUUUAAGAU